AUGGAGACAAGUCCUUCCCUCCUCUAAACAGAGACCGACAGGGAGAAAAUACAGUGGAAAAACAAAGCAGAACACUUGGCGUCACACCUGGAGGCUACGCUUGGUGAUAGUCAAGGGAAGUAUGGGGUCUACUGCUCGUUAGGUUCUGAUAGUGGAAACGCAGCAUGAGUGUCCUUACAAAGCGAGACAAGUAUGUGUGUGUUGAGCGUAGAUAGACAGGCCAUUUAGCAGGAGGCUGAGUGUUACACGGCUGAAUAUUCCAUUCCAAAUUUUUCAUUAGCAGCUUAGUGGGCAUGUGAGUGCUGAACGAUGCAGGCGAGGGAGAAGGAGAGGCAAAUGGAAAGAGAGCAGUGGGAAUUGAAUUGUGAAAAAGGGAUAGGAAAGUGUGUGGGGAGAAGGAAGGCAUGUGAUCCUCGGGUGGGAGAUGGGAAGAAAAAACACAAAGUGGGAAACAGAGUGCUUGGAUCUAUAAGAGCAGCCCUUAGAUACAGUAUACUCUUUACCUAUUGGUUUUCAGGUAUAAUUUGACAUUUUAGGAAGUAUGCUUUUUCACUAUGUUGCCAAGAGUUAGGUAGAGUUAGUUAUAUACAAGGCUACACACAGCAGUUACUUAGUUAGCAGGGUUAAGAUAGGAACACACAUUAUACAACUGUUAAGCCAAUUAACAUAUGGAUAUAAUGACUGUAAUUUGCACAAGAACACUAAUUCAAACAUGGUGGAUCAGGUCUGGUCCAGUCCAGGUUAGUUGGUGCUGACAGUUGGCAGAUCAAAUCAUGUAGUGUGUGAUGUGUAAGGAUGCCAAGUCCUCAGAUUCAGUCACUAUCAGCUAUUGUCUUAAAGGUUUUGUCAACAUCUGAUAAUUGCGACUGACAGCAGCGACAGAUGAUGCCACGUGUGUCUCCCUAGAGGGAGACAUAUUGGUACAUAAAUAGUUUUCUUUUACAGAAUUCACUUAACUGUCUGCAUGGCCCAUGUCUGUUUCUGUAAACUCUCACCUAAACUCUGCUUUUUCUCCUGUGUUUUGGCCUUUACAGCACACGUGCGACUGCGGAGAAGCUGUGCAAGCUGCUGAUUCUCAUCCAUGUUUGUUUUGGUAGAAGAGCAUGCAGUAAUACUGGUUUCUGUAGAGUUCAGCCAGUCCUCAGGUUUGUCCCAAACUUUAGCGUAACACCAAAUCUAGAUAUGGGGAAACAGGUGGCCUGGAUCUGUUGAAAGGUCCCCAAAUCUGCCUAUCAGCACCUUGAAAGAUCACAAAUGUAUAUAAACAUUGUAGAUGUUGGAUUAGAAUAUAUUUCCAAAACUGUUUUAACUAUUCCUUUAAGCUUUCGUUUUCAUCAUAGAAUUCAGAGGGAAAAGUCCGUUUAGGAUUUUUUAUCAUGAAAAGCAAGUGGCCUUAGAUGUUCUGAUGUAGUAGACUUAUUUACUGCAUCUAGGUCUCUGUUUUAAAAAAUAUAGAUUGACCCAGGCUUGGAUAGAUGAGAAAAGAGGGAGAGUUUCCCAGGCAGGCAGUGAAAAGAUGGUACAAAGGUUUAGAGAGGUCAGUUGGUCCGUCACUGUGGCCCAGUUCCUCACAUGAAACCCCUUGUUCCUUGUUUCUGAGAAAUGUGCUAAUCCCCAUGGGCCCAGUCUGGGUCUUAGCCAGACUUUGAAGACAAAGAGAAAAAAAAAUCAGCUUCUGUUCUUCAAACAAGCUUUGUAGUCCAGAUUUCUCUCUGAGCUUGUAUUUACCAGAAUGGUUAUGAUCCAUUGUACAAUGGCUGCUGCUAUGACACAGUUUCCUCUGGAGACAUUGUGUAGUAGAAGAUACACACUAAGAGGCCUUUUCAGAUGUGUGGUCUUUGAACUCCUCAGUAUUAUGCUGUUUGCAUUCAGUAUUUUUAUUGGACAUGCAGUGUGAUAAAUAGAAGAGAGGAAAGAUGCAACCCCGUGUGGGCCUCCAGAUGAGCCACCUGAUACCAAAGGCUGUGUGUGUCAAGCUGAGGGAUUUGGAAAAAGAGCAGGGGAUGUAGGCAAUUAGAUGAUAAAGCUAUACCUUACAGAAAACCCCCCUCCACCAGUCAGUAAAUAGCAUCAAGGGAGAAGAGGCCAGUGACUUUAAGGGCUCUGUAGCCCUACAGUCUCUAAUUGAAUCCGUCUGAUAUCAGUUGAGUGUUUCAUUGCUUUACCUUUCUGCAGAGAUGGGCAAGUGUUUUAAUGCUUUACUGUAUGUCCCAGAACUUUGGAGGUAGCUACUUUGCCAGAAACACAACAGAGGAGCAACUGGUGCAUCUAUUUACAGUGCAGAUUUGCAUCUUAUUAGCACAGGCAGAAGAUUUCAGUCAGAGCAAGUGGAGGAAGGAUGGUGACUGUGGAAACCCCAGAGGCUCCUGUGCCUUUGACGGCGCUGUCACGCUGGUACCUCUAUGCCAUCCAUGGCUACUUCUGUGAGGUCAUGUUUACAGCCGCCUGGGAGUUUGUGGUGAAUUGCAACUGGAAAUUUCCAGGUGUGACCAGCGUGUGGGCACUUUUCAUUUAUGGCACCUGCAUUCUCAUUGUAGAGCAGAUGUACCUGAAGCUGCGUGGCAGCUGCCCUGUGCUGCUGCGCUGCAUCAUCUACACUUUAUGGACAUACCUGUGGGAGUUUGGCACGGGGCUACUACUGCGCCAGUUCAAUGCCUGCCCCUGGGACUACUCUGAGUUCCGCUACAACUUCAUGGGACUGAUCACAGCUGAGUAUGCAGUGCCCUGGUUCUGUGCUUCCUUUAUAGUGGAGCGCCUGGUCAUCCGCAAAACACUGCGGCUGCGCUUCCAUGAAGGACCUGAGGAUGGUUGGUCAAACCACCGGUUAGAUACCGGGGGUGGAGGAGGGGCAGGAGCAACUCUGGGGGGCGGAGGGAGGAGAGACAGGAGCAGAGGGAUGGGAAAUGAUGCUAAUGGAUUCCUUAAGGGGGAAUGAAUGAAGGAAUAAAAGGAGGGACAAUCUGAAACCAGUCCAAUUGCUGCUACACCUCUUCAGCCACUUUCAUGAGCAGUCCUCCCCAUCACCUGUGUGGGUGAAGACAAACAGACAGCUGUGUGACUACACUGGUGUGGAGAGGUACACAAAACAUAAGAACAUCCAGAAAUCAAAACCUAACUCAGGCUUCAAAUGCCUGAAUCACUCACCUACUGUCAACAGAGGGGCACGAUAAGUCCAUGCUGCUGUGUUUGCUGCAUCUCAUAGUGCACCCACCCAUUACCAUAUGGGGUAGACUUUAAGGACAUCAGGGUUGUGAAUGACCAGGAUUUCACUUUCAAUCUAUUGUUUCGCAGACUGCAAAGAACUUGGGAUAAAAAAAGAGAAAAAACUACUGUUGCUGUUGCAAAGGUAUGUUAUCAUGAGGAAGAACAAGUUCAUGAACAAGGACAGCAACAGGCUAUCUGAGAGCAGAGUGCUCACUGCAUAUAAAACGUGAUAAAAAGUAGCUGCAGUUGUAACAUGUCCUUUUUAAAAUGUACAUAUUGUCCUUCAGUAUUAUUCAAAGUACUGUAGUAAUGUAGCUACAAAAGUCUGUUUAAGAACAUCAUGUCUGCCCUGAAGCAGUGUGUUGGCUUACAUCAUAGAUAAUGCUUUUCUGCAGAUUACCUACAAUGCCCGGAAAAAAUGCAUGAAAAAAGUUGUCUUCCAAUAUGCCUUUCUGCAGAACUCAUUCAGCAGUCAUAUUGUACAUCGCCCGAGUCAAUCUGCUGCUUGUGUGUGUGGGACAACAGGAGAUCAGGAGGUAGAGCACAUCAGCCAGUUAUCAUGGUCGAUUCUCUCCUGACAGCAUGUCAAAGUGUCCUUGAGCAAGACACUGAACCCCGAACUGCUCCUGGUGAGCAGGUCACGGCCUUGCAUGGCAGCUUCUUCGCCACCAGUGUACGAGUGUGUGCGCAUGUGGGUUUGCAGGCUAUUAUAAAAAGGCAUUGUAAGGCUCAUGCAGUCCAUUUACCAUAAUAACAAGGACACCUUUCAGUUGAUGGCAGUGAUUAAAUCAUAAAGCGUAAAGCCCCCAAACCUCUUGGUAAUUUACUUUUUACAGUUUUUCAGGAAGCCUUCUAAUGACUUGCUCUGUGUGCUUCAGAUGUGCCAGGGUCACUGAGCCUAUUUUCUUUUCAUUCUCAAUUCUCAUUCAUGGGAAACCUAUAGUCAUUCCUGUCAAAUCACACAACUUACCUGUGACUUUUUUUUAUUGUCACUGGCUGUGAAAAGAAAACUCACAGUCAGAAUUUCUUGUUAUUUUGUAAGUGUGACAGCAAUAGUUGCAUUUGAUCAACAACUGACAGGGACCCGAAAUAGUGUACGAGUGACAAAUUUGGGUUUUUUGACUUGAAUACAUUUUAUCAGAAUUCACUGCUUGGUUCUUUCUUACUGUACAUGCAUGAUUGGUGAAGCCACAGUGGAUUUGGUUUCCUUGGUGAAUAAUGACCUCAUUGUGUUUUUACGUACUGGACUUUGACUGACUUCUAAGAUAAGCUUCGGAGUUGUUUAAAAAUGUUGUAGCAUUAUUUAUAGUGCGCCAUUUAGUGGAAUUUUCUAACCAUAUAAUAACUCAAAUUGGUAUGAAAUGAUCAAGCCAAGCUCAGUUAAUCAGACAUUGUAACAGUUGAGCUAACUGUAACUGGAUUUUUGAAUAGUUUUAAUGUCAUGGUACCAAUGUGCUACUGCUACAUGGUGACAUUCAGACAUUUGGUACUUCAAAAAGGUGAAAAUGUAUGUGGAGUAGUACUUAUUUCCUCUGGUGGUGUUGCUCUUCAUGAGGAUCCUGUGUACUCUGGAAGAUCAGGGAUUGUACUGUCAUCUCCAUGCAAACCGGAGCUUACACUAAUGUUUUGCCUAUAGAACAGGUUGGACACAUCCCUUUUUACAGCGAUGUUGCAGAGUGCAUGAGAUGGAAAUGUUUGCUGAAAAGUAUUUCUCAGGAUGACAAUUUAUGUUGUUGACUCAGUCACAACAUUUGUGCAGUUGUAAACUCAGUUUUUCACCAUUUUAACUGUCAGUAAUAAAAAGAUCCAAAUCCAUGUUUCCAGUGAUAGCAUGGGACUAAAACGGUGUGACUUUCAUCAUUGUGCCUGCAGUGAAAAACAGCGUUCCCCCAUCUUUCUCCCUGGAAGUCCACAGGGUGGAUGGCAGAAGAACAUUAAAGAUGCAGUGCUGCCACCCAGUGGAAGAUUGGGAAAGUAACUGGAAAACAGUUGAGCCUGGACAAGAAAUAAGAGGCGCAUACAAACAAACACACGUUUAAAGAAUCCUUAUUAGGAUGAAGAAAAAAAUGUUUUGUGGGGGUUUUUGUAUACAUGUUUUUUCAUAUAUAAACAACAGGCUUAAAAGCAAUAGAUGCUUCUAACCCACCAGUGAACAUUCAGCUCAAGGCCAUUAAUCCUUUCUUUUAAAAAAUCUACUAAACCACAUUAUGAUAACUAGUAUGCAGCUAUAUCUUUAUUGAAUUCUACUGCAUUGAUGAGACAAGUCAUAAGAACAAUGAAAUGAAGUGUAUUUGUUCUCUGCAAUAUGUGAGUAGAGGAGUGUCAUGUGAGUGUAUACAGUGUGCUUUGCAGAGACACAUUCUUUGUAUGUGUAUGUGCAUGUACAACAUGUUAAAACUAAAUCUCUGGUAUUUUUACCUUGAAGCUGCAUGUCCAAAAGUUUUCAAUUUAUCUUAAAAACUUUUAUCCAUGUACUCCAAUGGUUUAUUUUUUAAAUAAACUGUACAGGUUUUUAGUGAAAUGACUGCACUGUAUAUCAUAGACUUUGAUUAUGUUCAUGUAUGAUUUAUC